UUAAAGUAGGCUAGAAAUAGCAGCUUCUUCCUCAAGUAUUCAUGCCUUCUUCCUAUUAACACCCUAAAUUGCUGCCUCUUUUAAACCAUGUAUUUAACGAGAUUUACCAUCACCUUCAUUUUCUCCUUCUAAUUUUACUUCUUCAACUCUCGAAAAUUGAAUAAUUCGUGUUUGAAAUAUCGAAUCAAUCCAAUGGAGGAGAAUUUACCUCCAGGAUUCAGGUUUCAUCCGACGGACGAGGAGCUAAUUACGUUUUAUUUGUCUAAGAAAGUCUCGGAUUUCAAUUUCGAUUCCAAGGCUAUUGCUGAUGUUGAUCUUAACAAGUGUGAGCCUUGGGACCUUCCAGGAAAAGCAUCAAUGGGAGAAAAAGAAUGGUAUUUUUUCAGCUUAAGAGAUAGAAAAUACCCAACAGGUUUAAGAACAAACCGAGCCACCGAAGCCGGUUAUUGGAAAACCACAGGGAAGGAUAAAGAAAUAUUCCGGGGAGGUGUAUUAAUCGGGAUGAAGAAGACUCUUGUAUUCUACCGUGGAAGAGCACCCAAGGGAGAAAAAACUAAUUGGGUAAUGCAUGAAUAUCGUCUCGACAAUAAGCUUUCUUUCAAACCCGCCAAGGAUGAAUGGGUGGUGUGUAGAGUUUUCCAAAAGAGUGUAGCAGUUAAAAAACCACAACCCACCUCACCCUCAAUGGUCUCACCAGACUCACCAGAUGAUACCAACACACAUACAAACGAGUAUGGAGACAUUGAGCUACCAAAUAUAAACAACCUAUCAACUUCACCCAAUCACGGUUUUAAUUACCCCUCCCUACAAAAUUACCCUAAUUGUACUACUACUAAUCAUCUAAAUUUAACCGGGAACACGAAUUUAAACUUAAAUUGGGCACUAGAAAUGGCAACUCUUCAACCAUUAUCCUGGCCGUCUACCUUCCUUACUCCAAAUCUAAAUAGCACGGUAAAUUCUUUGUUACUAAAGGCUCUACAGUUUCGAAGUACAACAAGUGGUAAUACUAACGACUACUCGUUCCUUGGCCACCAACAAGGGUUGCCUAUAGGAAGUAUGACGAAUGAAAUAUUUUCGGGUUUCCAACCUUCAUCGUCGUCUGCUGACACCGUGUUUCAGUCUAUUCAACAACAGAAUCAACAAAACCAACAACAACAACAACAACAACAACAACAACAACAACUCCAGGACCAACCAUUCAAUUUGGACUCCAUGUGGUGAUCAUGUAAUGCUAUGUACGUACGUACAGUCGUAGACUUGAACAUAAAUGUAAAAGACUGAAGCUAAUUAACAAUUCAAUAUGUGACUGGUUAUGUCCCUUAAGCAUGUCGAUCUAUAGUCAUUGAGUUAUUGUAUUGAAGAGGAAUAAUCAUCUUCAUUUAGAGGAUUAACUUGUUAAUUAAAGUGUAAUUACUAUGGGCGAAGCCCAUUUAUCCAGAAUAUUGUAAUUGUUUAUAGGGUUUUGUUAUUCAUAACUC